AUGCUUAAAAGAUUGAUUCCUGACCUUUCAUUUCAGAAUAUAAACCUAGUGGAUGCGUUUGACAUAGAAAAACGAUAUCUAACCUUUGGAGGCUUUUAUCCUAUUCAACAUGUUUCCAAGAUGUCUAGGGUUUGCUAUUACAUCAGAGGAUCCUUUAACUUUAUAAUGUCUUGGCUUGAAAUGAUUUUAAUCGUUGUAUACCUUUACACGCAGUUAUCUGAUCUUAUUAAAAUAUCAGAAGUAUUACUAUUUUGUAUGACACAAUCAGCAUUUGUCUGUAAAUUGGUCAACUUUAUAGUUUACAAAAAUAAUAUGUUCAUAAUUGAAAAGCAUCUCCAGAAUCCUUUGUUGACUUAUUUGAAUAAAGAGGAAGAGAAAUUAGUAAAGGAUUAUGUCGAUAACGUUAGAAUACUUGCUAAAAUAUUCAGGAUAUUAUGCACCGGAGUCGUACUUUUUUACGGCCUCUACCCUAUAUUAGAUCAUGAACCAGGUGAAAUUAAGAAACUACCAUUACCAGUUUGGGUUCCAUUCGACACAGAAAAAUAUUAUGUGUAUAUAUGGUUUGUGAUUAUGCUUAGUCUUUCAAUUGGAGCGUGGACAAACUCAAAUAUUGAUAUUUUGACUAUAUCAUUGAUAACUUUAGCUACGGUUCAUACCGAGAUAUUAAAAGAGCGAUUUAGAAAAAGUGCCGAAUACACUCUUAACACAGGGAAUAGAACAGCAAUAGAAUCUCCAAAACAGAAAAUAAUAAAAUGUAUUAUUCACUACAACGCGAUUUAUAGUUUCGUACUCGAUAUUGAAAAAACUUUUUCAAAAGGAAUAUUUGUUCAAUUUCUGUGCAGCGUUUUAGUUAUAUGCUUAACCGGAUUUCAGAUGCUGGUGAUUAGUUUUAAAAGCAUCCAGUUUGUACUACUUAUUACAUAUUUGAAUUGUAUGACGUGCCAAAUAGCAAUGUACUGUUGGUAUGGACAUCUAUUGAUGGAAAGUAGCAAUGAAAUAUCGGAUGCCUGUUAUUCAUCCGAAUGGUUUGAAUGCGACCUUAGUUCUCAAAAAAUGUUUCUGACUAUCAUGGAAAGAUCAAAAUAUCCUCUUAUUCUGAGAGCUGCAAAUUUUUUUACGUUGAACCUACCAACAUUAAUGACCAUUCUCAGAUCAUCGUACUCCUACUUCGCUGUGCUGCAACAUAUAUACAGUAACAGAAUUAAAGAAAAUAUUUAGUCAUCAAAAUAAGUAAUAUCGCCUUCUUCACUUGGAUUACGUAGAUAAAUAUUGUAUGUAAAGUAGCUAGUUGUUUGUUAAAAGUAAAACUGGAGGCACUA